AUGGCGCACCGUCUCAUAACCCAGAUCGUCUUCGUCGGCACCCGCAUCGUCGGCCGCUCCUUCGCCGCCGCCUACCGCCAGGCCCAAGCCUCAUCCGAGUACGCCCGCGCGCAGGCCAAGAACGGCGGCGCCGCCACGGCCGGCGGCCGCGCCAACCUCGCCAGCGGCAUGACCCUCGACGAGGCGUGCCGCAUCCUCAACGUCAAGCCGCCCAAGGACGGCGUCGCGCCCGAGGAGGUCUUUGACCGCUUCAAGAAGCUCUUCGACGCCAACAACCCCGAGAAGGGCGGCAGCUUCUACCUGCAGAGCAAGGUGCUGCGGGCGCGCGAGCGCCUCGAGCGCGAGAUUGGGCCCAUGGUCGAGAAGGCUGAGGCCGAGGCCGAGGUCAAGGAGGGCUUCAAGCCGAAACUGUACAAGGACAAAUAA